GCACAGAUGACUUGUGGAUCCGUCUCUAUUCGCUGCCAGCCACACACAGACACACAGACAAAGCUUUUUUAAAUGAGGAACAUUCCCAUACGGACCGUCUCAGACUUCAGCACCAGAACAAUGUAUGCAUGUAUAAUAAAAUCAACAUCUUUUAAAGUCCUCCUAAACAUGUGCUCUGCAACAUUUGGACUGAUCUCAGACAGCAGACAUGAGAUCCAAAGCUACCAGAACACUGAUCAUAAACUCUUUCUAGUUGUUCUGGUCCCAUUCGGGUCGUCCGUUGAACAGAACACCAUUAAUUCUGUCUCUCAGCUCUUUACUGUAACAUUUGCUAAUCACAGCAUGAACCCUCCCUGAAAUGUGGAUGAAAUGAGGCUCAACUGUAACUUGAGGCAGUAAGAGCUGAGUCGGGUCAGUUUCUUUGUGUAUAGCGCCAUCUUGUGGAGAAUGAUGAACAAACAGCGACAGCAUGAGGCUGAAGUGGAGGUUAGUCACGGCUGAUGUUCAUUCUGACUCACUUUUAGGGGAAAUUGCACAAAUCUGAGCAACACACAUUCACAAACACGUAUAAACGUUUGUGCCAAAUCUAAACAACUGCAAUCAAUUCAGUCAUUAAAUGCAUUCAACAGAUCAGAUGUUUUAUCUGCAGUCAGCUGCUUUGGUUUUAGUUUUCUUUUGAGGAAGUAAAUAUUAGACAGGAAUAGUGAUAUGCACAGUUUAAAAAAAAGUGUCCUAUUGAAUGACAUGUUUAAUAGGGAACAACUCAACACAAUAUUGUUAAAUGUGCUAAAUCUGGUACACGUUCUGAAAACCACAACAAGCUCAUUUGGACCCAACAAUCCAGCAUGUGUUCAUCUCUGGCUGUUAAUGUCGUCCUGCCAUAAACUACGCAGUCAUCUUUGUUCAUCUCUGUGUUACUAUAAUAUAUAAACACAGAAGUUAAAAAGGUUAAAUUAUGAUGCUGCUGUGAAGUGACUCAUUUAUACACAACUUAAUACCGAUGACUCCUCAUGAUGCUGCAUUAAGUUGAGUGUGUUUUUCAAUUCACUUUGGAAUAAAAGAUGACUUUCUGUUAUGAAAUAAUUCAGGAUUUAGAAGUUUAAACAAAUGGCUUCAUCAUUGUUAAUUAAUCACUGAUCAUUUCUCUUCAGGUCACUGAGAUGUUGCUCCUCACUUGUCUUUUAUCUCCUAAAUUCAUCAGUAAGGUUCUCAGACACCCAUCUAACCUUAAAAAAAUGCAAAGAAUCUUUAGUAAAGUCCAUUAUUUACAGUUUACUAGCAUGUAUAAAUCCAAACCUGAUGACCUAUUCAAAAUUAUGAUGUCAUUAAAUGAUAUUAAUCAAAUUAAAUCCAGUUUAUUGUCGUGUUUCUGGGCAUCCACAGCAGGACAGGCAGGAUGAGAGCGCUUCUUCAGGAUCCAAUAACUUAAAGCAAUUUAAAUAAACUAGUGUUUGUGUAUCUGGACCAGCAGCUCAGCAUCCUGACAGCUGGAGGCAUGAAGCUGUUCAUCAGUCUGGAGGUUCUUCCUCUAACGCUCCGGAAACGUUUUCCUGAUGGCAGCAGAUCAAACUGUUUAAAAUGAAACAUGUUAAUGAAUAAAAUCUUAACGAUUUCUUAUUACUUAAUGGAGAUAAUCAGCUUGUGUCCAGUCUGUGGCGUCCACAUCCGGAGCAGGAGCAGGUCUCCGCCCCGCCCACCAGGUCUGCACCAAUCAGGAGCAGCCUCAGUAUGUAAUGUGCAGCCAGACUGCAGUGCUCGCUUUGGCCACAGAGCGGCAGCACCGAGACGCACAUGUCGUCUUACACAACUUUGUUACCAAACCGUGGAGGACUUGUGUUACAUGUUGCUCCCCUGAAGGUCCAGCUGUCUCCGUGGAGGUUCGAACAUCCUGUGAGUUCUGGAGAAGCUUGUAAAGGCUGAGGUUCUGGAGAGCAGCAGCUUGUGACGAUCACGCUGGUUCCGUCGUUUCCGUUUCCUUCUGCGCAUGUUUUCUUUGCAGAAGGAGCGUCUUUACGCAACCAUGAAGUCCAUCGUGUGCGUCUCAUCGUCUGUCAGAGUUCUGUGCCAGCACGCCUCGGCCUGCUUUCUACUGAAUCGCAGUUUAAGUCUCUGCAGCUCCGUGGGCAGAUGUCCACAUGCGGACAGAGCCGUCGUAGCUCAGCCACCGUGCGUAACCGGCGUGCGUUAUUUCCAAAGAACCCGUAACGCAGCGGUGCAGAUGGUGACCGCAGCUUCUCCCCCCACGCCUGCGCCCAUACCUGGGAAAACAGAGGAUGCACUGGCCAUAUACCAGGCUGGAAGACGGGUGGAACCUAAAACAGCAGCGAGAGCAGCUCCACCCCUCUCUCCAUACACUCCAUACGCCAAACCACGGAGCAACGGGGCUGCACUGGUCAACAUCCAGUCUCUGUUUGAGGAGGAUGUCAUCGCUGAGCUGUGCUCCAGGCUGGCAGACCUUUCCUGCGAUGACAGAGCAGAGGGACUCGCCACCUUACUCGGAGCAUGUGUUGAGUUCGGCCUGGAGGCCCACAGCCCUUCGGUCCUCAGGCUGAUGAAUGAGUGCCUGGAGCUCCUCUCCAACGGGGACGUAGGGGUGAAGCAGCUCUGCCACCUGGGGAAGGUGGCAUGUGCCCUGGAAGGCGGCCAGUCACCCAUGGUCACCGCGGUCCUGGACUCUAUAGGUGCUGCUGUAGAGGAGGAGGCUGUGUCUCCCAGCGAGGCGGCCGCCGUCUACUCCCUGCUCCCUCUGGUCUACGAGCCUGCCAGCCAGCAGCAGGCACUGAUGCUCUCUGCUCUGCACAGACACACUCAGAGGCUGGUUCACCGGCUGAGGGCAGGUCAAGUCAGUGACAUCCUGCAGUCGCUGCUGAAGCUACAACAGAGUCAGGCCAUCCCCUUGGUGCUGAGACUGUGUCACAGGGCGUCGCGGGUCUUCAAAGCUUUCAGUGAUGAUGAAAUAAUUAAGGUGCUCUCUGCUCUGAUGACUCUGGGACAGCAUGAUGAAAAGCUCCUGGCUGCUAUGGAGAGACACCUGCCAGAGAGGCUGGGAACGUGUGACCCUGAGGUGAUCAGCACUGUCAUGGAGUACUGUCUGCACAUGGGCUGUCGCUCCGAGACGCUCUUUGAAGCUGUGGCUGAGAACUUUGUCUGCAGCGCUGAGAAGCACAGCACCCCCCAGAUAGCCAAGCAGAUAGUAGCCAUGGGGCGACUCAACUACCUGCCACAGUGCUCCAGUGAGAUGUUUAAAAAGCUCGAGAGCAUUUUGUCGACGACGUUUUCCCAGUUCCAGCCUGGCUCGCUCAUAGACAUGCUGCACGCCUGCAUCCACCUGGAGCGCUUCCCGCUCAACUACAUGUCCAGAGUUUUCAGCCCGUUCUUCCUACAGAGGCUGCAAGCAAAGGAAGAGCCAUUCAACAAGAAUGCCUUGGGACAGCUGACACAGCUCCAUCUCUCCACCGUGUUGGAGUGCACGUGCUACUGGGGCCCCAGGCUGUCCUUCUACCACCACGUCAGGACGUUCUCCUCGGCGGACCAGGCCUUUGAGACGCCGAUGGAGAAUCUGUUGUACAGACAAGUCAGGGGACCACUCGCUCAGCUGCUGGGGGGAAGGUUUUACUCUACCAGAAUCUUUACUCACAACGGGUACACUGUAGAUGUGGAGCUCUGCCUCGACGAGAAGGGGUUUGUUCUGCCUCCGUCUCAGUGGGAUCACACCUACAAAAGAAUUGCGCUGUGUGUGGAUGGACAGAACCGUUUCUGCAACAAUACGAACCACCUGCUGGGGAAGGAGGCCACGAAGAGGAGACACCUGCACAGGAUGGGCUACGAGGUGGUGCAGAUCCCCUACUUUGAAUUUGAGAUGCUGAGAACUCAUGAGGAAAGGAUUCAGUAUCUUCAUGACAAGAUUUUUCCUGCUAUCUCCAAGUUUAGCUGCUGAUCUUACCUACAAAGUCAGGAACAAUCUACCUCACAUGUCCUCAGUGACAUAAACAUCUCUAAACCUGGGACUGGGACUAUGCUCAUCUUGGUGUCCAGUAAACAGAUACAAGCCUGGAAGUGCACAGUGACUACAGAUAGUUUGUUGUUGGUUCCCAUGUGCCCGACAUUCAGCGACACAGCAGCCUUAUGUUCAGCAGCAAAGUAGAGACGUGUCAGUGGAGAAUCACACGUCACCAACGUAUCAGAGCUGUUGAAGGAAUAAAGACACUGGAUGUAGCUGUAAAGAUGAAGCUCCUACAGCAGAGGAGCUGGAGGAAUGCCUCCCAUAUAUCAUAUAUUAUAACUUUAUGGCCUAUUAUUAGUUUUAAUAUCUACAAUAAUUAUUUUGUAUCCAGUUGUUCAUGAUGAACAACAUCCACGAUGACAUGACAGCCACUAUUUAUGUGAUUAAUCUAAACACAGAAUAUAAUAUAUUGAUAAUAAAUUUGACAGUCACAUGGCUUCAGCUUUUGCCUUUUCCCCAGUUGUGCUUUUUGUACUUUGUUCGGAUGCAAAGAUGAAUCUAAAAUGUACACGAGAUGUAAAUGAUGUGCAAUAUGCUUUUAUUUGAUUUAAAAAUGUAAACCAUAAAGCGCCUUACAGUA